AUGGUAUUAAAGUUGUUAAAUCAAUUAUUAAAUUCAAGAUAUGAUUUACAUAGAUCAGCUGAGUAAAAGUUCUUAUAAUGUUUAUAAACAAUUCCUAAUUAUUAUAAUCCUUUUAUUAAAAAGAAUCUAACUGAAUAGAAUAUCUAAUAAGUAUAAAUUAAUUUAACUCAUAAUAGAUUUAAAAAUCUUUAUUAUUCUUAAUAGAAGAGACAAGUCAUUUAUUGUACAUGUAGAAAGUCAAAACUUAUGAGGCAAAAAUUUUUAAAGUGAGAAAGAUAAUUGAUGAAGAUAAUUUUAAAAUUAGAUAAUCUCACAUUUCUAAAAAUAGUUAUUGUUGUGCUUUCUUCAGUGAUAAUUAUUAGGCAAGAUUUUAAAUAUAAAUGAAUUGUGAAUUCAGAUACAAAUAUUUUUAUUGA